AUGGGGCUCACAUUCAUCUUGAGCAUCUUCCGUGACCCCGUAACUUCGAGCAUCCCCGAACUUGAGGCGGCUCAGCGGAACCCAACGUUUCAGCUUCGCACGUUCGGGCCCUACCGUUCAGAGUACGGCCGCCUGGUGGAGUUCCCACACUUGCCCCCCCUGCUGGGCCAACAACAUUGUGCCAUUGCGGCCGGUUUCGGUGUAUACCAUUCCUCUGCUAGCCUGGCACUGCUUCAGUUCGUUACCAACACCCUUCUCGCCGAGCGGUCCCCCGGGAUUCACAUCCAGACCGCUCUGACACGCCACGAAGAUGUUCAGAUUGUUGGUGACACCAGCGGCCCCGAGCCUGAGCUGGUCAUGGGUCACCUGGACAUCAAGCACGACACGACAGAUUCCAAUUCUUUGUUCGCCGGCUACGUUCGACGGUACGACAAGUUUGUGAACCCGCGCUGGCGGGCGUUGCCCCUGGUGUUCGCAUGUUUGGUGCUUCCUCAGACAAUCAUCGGUGAAGUUUCCCAAGAAACGGAGGUUUACUUCUGCGGUGGUGGGGGCGUCAACGCGCCUCUUUGCGAGACGUGCGCUAGGCGUGGCAUCAAGUACGUCGGCAGAUCCGUCCAGUGA